CCUGCGUUUACGGCUGCGCUGCUGCCUUGGGGGCUCGCCGCCUGCCCGAGUCAGCGCCACCGACCAACCUCAAGCCUCAACCUCACGUUUGUCUUGUGUGUUUGCUUGCUUUGCUCCGCCAGACCUUCUUCAAGAAGACGUCAUGAGGGACUACCGUUCUAUCCACACGCCACUCCUGGGGGAGAAGGACCCUGAGGAACGCAGCACUCGGAAUGGCGGCAAGGCUGAAGAAUCGACUCCGCUAAAGAAGCUUGUGGCCGCUAUGGGUAUGCUAUGGUUAUUUUGGUAUAUGAUUAUGGAGGGAACCUUGGUCAAGAUCAUUUUCCCUGAGCCAUCACGGCCUAUUGGCAGACCAGUUUCCCACCCAUGGAAAUCGUUCAGCUGGGAUAAUUUCGAAGGCUCGGAGAACUUGGAGUUUCGUCCAUGCUACGAGAAGGAUCUCCAAUGCGCGAAACUUUUACUGCCGCUUGACUACUUCAACGGCACCUAUCCGAACCGAACCGUCAGCAUAGCUAUUACCAAAGUCCCCGCCAAAGUCCCCGUUAGCGAUUCCCGUUAUGGUGGACCAGUUCUUGUCAACCCGGGCGGUCCUGGAGGCUCGGGCGUCUACUUCGCUCGGGCUGCAGGCAGCAUGUUUCAAUGGCAGAUUGCCCCAGCUCCCGGAUCUUUCAAAGACGGCAAGUUUUAUGAUAUCAUCGGAUUUGAUCCUCGCGGAAUUGCUUUUUCCGAGCCUGCAGCCAGAUGCAUGCCUGAUGAACCUACCGCAUUCGACUGGUACCUCCGACAGGCCACCGAGGGCAUGCUUGGGAGUUCGGAUGCUGCUUUGAGUCGUCUCUGGUCUAUGAAUCACGCGUUUGGUGCGUCGUGCAAACAGAAUUCGGAUGCUGCAGAAGAUCCAGAUAUCAAGCAAUACAUGUCAACGGCUUCAGUGGCUACGGAUAUGAUCAAGAUUGCAGAGAAGCAUGCCGAAUGGGUCGCCGAGCAGAACAAUGUGACCGAUUUCAACCGGGAUGAUGUUAAGCUGCAAUAUUGGGGGUUCUCUUAUGGCACAUACCUUGGCUCUACUUUUGCCUCCAUGUAUCCCGACCGGAUUGCUCGUAUGGUAUUAGACGGUGUUGUCAAUGUCUACGAUUACGACAACUCCCUCGGCCAAGGAAGUCUCCAUGAUACAGAAAAAGACCUGAAGAGCUUCUACUCAUAUUGCAAGGCCGCCGGUUCUACAUGCCCCUUUACCUCUCCCACAUCUAGCAUUCAAGACAUUGAACUUCGAGUGCAAAGCAUCGUCCAAUCGCUCUAUCACAAUCCAAUCAUGAUCGCCACCCGCGAUUACGGUCCAGACAUUUUCACCUACACCGAUGUCAUGACUCUGAUCUUCAUAACGUUAUACGUCCCCAAGUUGUUCCCAUGGCUCGCUUUUGUCCUCUCUUCCGUCGAAGACAGGGCCCUAGACGGCUUGUCCGUAGGUAGACCCCAAAAUCACGUCUACCAAUGUGACUUUGACCCCAUCGAUCAAUGGAUCGACGGUAACGUUGCACAAAUGGCUGUCCUCUGCGGCGAUGGCCUCGACCAAACCUCGACCACCCUCUCCGAAUUCGAACAAUACUGGCAGCAACUCCACACCAUCUCCCCCUCUGUGGGCUCUCUCUGGGCCAUGCUCCGCAUGGAAUGCGCGUCCUGGCCCAUCAAGCCUCUGUACCGCUUCGGCGGCACCGAUAAAUCCGAUAGCAAAUUCGGCGCGGCAAACGGUACCUCGCACCCGAUCCUAUGGGUCUCCAGCACAGCGGAUCCCGUCACCCCACUCGCCUCCGCUCGCCUCAUGCAAGCGCGCUUCCCCGGCUCCGGCCUCCUCAUCCAGGACUCGGCGGGCCACUGCUCCUUUGGCAGCGUCGAACCCAGCCCGUGCACCAUCGCCCGCGUUCAGAAAUAUUUCCAGUCCGGCGAAUUACCGGAUCAGGACACCAUCUGCGUACCAGAGGGCGCGCCUUGGUUUGCGUUGAACUCCACGGAUCCGGAUAGCCCCUUCUACGAUCCCGAGUUGGGCCCGCCUGCCGAGAACCCGAAAAUCCCGUUCGAUGAGAAGAACCCCGAUGACUAUAAUUUGGACAACGAGGAUAUGCUGCUAUACUUGCACGAACGAAGAGUCAACGCGGCCGCGAAGAAGAUCCGCAGGUGGGCGGCUGCUCAACCGCACUCUCUAGGCGGGAGUUUGGUCUCGAGGAAAGUUAGGGGGUUGGUCAUGGAUGCUGUUAGAGGGGACGAGUACGGGUUUCCCGAGUACGACGCUGGGGAUUUUCCCUUGGGGGAGGAGUUUUGGAGGUUCGAAGGUCGGUUGAAUAGGGCUGAAGGGGAUAUGAAUAGGUUGGGGGGUUCUUUUGGGUUCUGA